AUGUUAUACGACGUCGUCGCAUCUUCUUCCAUGCCGCCGAGGAAGCUCCGGAGACUCCCCCACGUGUUCGCCAGCGUCCUCGAGCUCCCCUUCCACUCAAACGCCGACGUUUCCGUCCAAGAAACCUCCGACUCAUUCAUUUUCUCAGUCGCCAUGCCCGUGCAUGUGACCACGCCCACCACCACCCGACAAGUUAUUGGCAACCGCGUUGCUGUCCGAGUCCACACGGUAGAGAUUUAUCCCGGGGUGACAAAGACUGUGAUAAGGAAAACGGAAGGUGGUGAUUUGUGGAGGUUGGACGGAGAAGUAGUGGACGAUCUUGAUCUCUGGAGGUAUCGGCUGCCGGCAUCGGCGAGACCGGAGUUGGCCAGGGCCACGUGUACUAGGGAAGAGCUGGUUGUGACAGUUCCAAAGGACCAUGUUCAUGAUCGUUAUGAUAGUAAUAAGCAAGGUGUAGAAGAAGAGGUUUUGGGUGAAGAAAAUGGGAGGCAAAUUAUUGUACAAUAA